UGAGCAAGAGAUAGUUUAUGUGAUUGUUCCCUUAAAUUUCAGUUUCUUAAAAUAAUGGGAAAAAUAUUUAUCCUGGAAUUAGUUGAAAAAUCAGAUGGAAAUACUUUAAAGCUUUUAACAGGAUGUCUUACCCAGGCUGUUUAAUAAUUGGCAGGCAUAUCAUUAGCAACAUAGUACUACUGAAAACUUGUCAGAAAAUUUUAAAAAACAAAAAAUAUGUGAAAAUACAAGAGAGGUAGAGGAUAAACUGAUUAUACGUGUAUAUAAAAUAGAUUAGGCAGGGAUGUCAUGAGGAUUGGUGUGAUAGUGACCUUGUUGCUAAGUGCAAAAGCAAAACAAUGACAUAGAAACAAGUGUGCCAAGUACUGAGUGGAGGAGAGGGAUGGAGGCAGACGCCGCUGGAAAAAAAAAGCUGAUUUAAAAGGGCUCUUUGAUUCCACAGGCACAAAAAUCCACAGCCAGGAAUUUGCUGCCACCUCUGAGUCAGGCAGGGGGUGGGGGUGCGGGGUGCACGAUCCCAUUAGUAGAGAAUGCCCAGUGGAUUUAGUCUGUGAGAGUCACAUUUCUUAUCUGGACCAGUGUAGACAAGCAAAGCAGGCUCUCUUGUUUCCUGGGACGGUUGAGUUAGGAGAUGGCUUUCAUGGAGCAUUCACCACUGAUACCUCACCGCCGGGACCUCUGCAGCCGUACUAUCUGGCUAGCAAGGAAGAUACAUUCAGACCUGACUGCUCUGAUGGAAUCUUAUGUGAAGCAUCAGGGCCUGAACAAGAACAUCAGCCUAGACUCUGUGGAUGGUGUGCCAAUGGCAAGCACUGAUCAGUGGAGUGAGCUGACCGAGGCAGAGCGACUCCAAGAGAACCUCCAAGCUUAUCGGACCUUCCAUGUUCUGUUGGCCAGACUUUUAGAAGACCAGCAGGUGCAUUUUACCCCCGAUGAAGGUGACUUCCAUCAAGCUAUCCAUACCCUUCUGCUCCAGGUUGCUGCCUUUGCUUACCAGCUAGAGGAAUUAAUGGCGCUGCUGGAAUAUAGCAUCCCUCCCAAAGAGUCUGAUGGGUCUCCUGUUGUGGGAGGAGGUGGGCUCUUUGAGAAAAAGCUGUGGGGCCUAAAGGUGCUGCAAGAGCUUUCACACUGGACAGUGAGAUCCAUUCAUGACCUCCGUGUCGUUUCUCAUAAUCAAACUGGGAUCCCAGCACGUGGGAACCAUUAUAUUGCCAGUGACAAGAAAAUGUAGCGGUUGUCCCUCUGCGUUGUUUUCAUUUCUCGUAAAAUGUACAAAGUUCUCUUGGGGUCUCAUUUUCCCACCUUAAGUUUAUUGAAAGCAUUAAAACUGUAGUAAAUCU